AUGGCAUCAAAGUUCGAAGAAGAUCUCACCUGUCCUGUGUGCUGUGACAUCUACAAGGAUCCUGUCAUACUGACGUGUGCUCACAGUGCGUGUAAGGCCUGUCUGCAGCAGUUCUGGGAGGGGAAGGGAUGCAGAGAAUGCCCCUACUGCAGGAGGAAAUGCUCAAAAGACUUUGAUCUACCCAACAUGGCGUUAAGGAACCUGUGUGAGACCUUCCUACAAGAGAGGAGUCAGAGAGCUUCAGCAGGGUCUGAUGUGCUCUGCCUUCAGCAUAGUGCGAAACUCAAGCUCUUCUGUCUGGAGGACCAAGAAACAGUGUGUUUGGUUUGCAGAGACUCAAAGAAACAUAAAAAUCACAUCUUCAGUCCCAUAGAUGAAGCAGCACUUGAACACAAGGAAGAGCUCAAGAUCAAAUUGCAGCCUUUACAAGGGAAACUGAAGAAAUUAGAAGAAGUUAAACUCCUCUGUGACCAAACUGCAACUCACAUUAAGACCCAGGUCCAUACCACUGAGAAGCAGAUCAAGGAGGAGUUUGAGAAGCUUCAUCAGUUUCUACGAAAUGAAGAGGCAGCCAGGAUAGCUGCACUGAGGGAGGAAGAGGAGCAGAAGAGUCAGAUGAUGAAGAAGAAGAUAGAGAAGAUGAGCAGAGAGAUCUCAUCUCUUUCAGAAUCAAUCAGAGCCAUAGAAGAGGAGAUGGAAGCUGAUGAUGUCACUUUCCUGCAGGUAGGUUACACUCCGUCUUUAGGCAAUGAGAUUAUUAUUGUGCUUUCGCCUGCCUGUGGGUACCUUGUGCUUACACAAAGUGCAUUUACCCAUCAUGCACUCCAGAACUACAAGAGCACAGUGAAAAGAGCCCAGUGCACACUGCAGGAUCCAGAGAAGCUUUCAGGAGCUCUGAUCAAUGUGGCAAAGCACCUAGGCAACUUGAAGUUCAGAGUCUGGGAGAAAAUGCAGGAGAUUGUUCAAUUCACUCCUGUUACUCUGGACCCCAACACUGCACUCCCAGAACUGAUCCUGUCCGAGGAUCUGACCAGUGUGAGGCGUGUUGAUGAGGAACAGCAGCUGCCUGAUAAUCCAGAGAGAUUUGAUGAGUAUUGGUGUCUCCUGGGCUCUGAGGGCUUUAACUCAGGGACACACUGCUGGGAUGUGGAGGUUGGGGACAACACAAGGUGGGGUGUGGGUGUGAUGGCAGAGUCUCUCCAGAGGAAGGGAGACUUCACAUCCUUGAGUGGGUGGUUGUGUGUGUAUUAUGAUGAUGGUAAAUAUAGAGCGUAUGCCCCACCACAGCCCAACACUCUUCUCACAGUGGAGAAGAAACCCCAGAGGAUCAGAGUGCAGCUGGACUGGGACAGAGGAAAGCUGUCAUUCUCUGACCCCGAUAAUAACACACAUUUACACACCUUCACACACACUUUCACUGAGAGAAUGUUUCCAUAUUUUAAUACUAUUUCUAAAGUAUGUCCUCUGAGGAUGCUACCAGUGAAGACCUCGAUAAGAGUAGAGCAGCACAGAUAGAGCUCUCUCUCUCUGUCUGUGUGUGUGUGUGUGUGUGUGUGUGUGUGUGUGUGUGUGUGUGUGUGUGAGUGUGUGUGUGUGUGUAUGUGUGUGUGUGUGUGUGUGUGUGUGUGUGUGUGUGUGUGUGUGUGUGUGUGUGUGUGUGUGUGUGUGUGUGUGUGUUUACAAUUAACGACCACUCGUUGAAAUCAUCUGCUGAUCUGCUGAUCAUGCAGAUGAUAUGAAUUCCUAAAAUGGGGAUUUGUCUCCUUUAUGAAAUAUGUCAUCAGGUAAACUUAGCGUCAACAUUUGAAACAAAAGUGUGUGAGCACGUUCAUGUUAGGGUUUGUAUGAGGAUAUGUGUGCAUCUACAUGCAUGCACGUUCACUAUUUGUUGAUGUAAGACUUGUGCUGAUAUUGUCAUGCUGUGUCAUGUUAUAGGCCUUUAUAAUUGUUGUACACAAUGGCAUAAUGAUCUGGGCCACCAAUACAGGGUCAGACAUUAGUGAAAGCUUACAGGCCAAUUUGACAAUUUUUCAUGACAAGAAUGUAUUUGAUUCUGAAAAACUUUUUUUUGGGUUAAAAUUACACUUUGUCUUUAAUUUCUGAUUGCAUCUUUCAUUGAGCUUUUGAAGCAGCAUCUCCAUUUCAAUAUGAUAAAUGUGUUCAAUGAAACAGAAUACAAAACUGGGGCUCAACCACUA